AUGACAAAGACGCAAGUCAAGGCAAAACCCAAGAUCGCGUUUGUUGGUCUCGGCGCGAUGGGUAGAGGAAUGGCUAUACAAUUGCUGAAAGAUGGCUUUCCCGUUUGUGGGUUCGACGUCAAUCCCAUGUCGCUCGAGACAUUACUAGCCAUGGGCGGCACUGCUGCCUCAAGUCCGCGAGAGUGUGUUCAGGAUGCCGAUGUCUUUAUCUGCAUGGUAGUCAAUUCCGUGCAGACAGAGGAGGUGUUUUUCACCGAAGCAGUUGGUGCUGUGUUUGGUCUGAAGAAGAAUGCAAUUAUUAUCUUAUGCUCCACCGUUGCCCCCAGCUUCCCCCUAAGGCUUCUGGACCAGAUCCACCAGCAGUUCUCAAGGCCAGAUAUCAGACUUGUUGACUGUCCUGUAUCUGGUGGGGUGCUCCGUGCAGCUCAGGGCACGCUGACAAUCAUGUCAUCCGGACCGCAAGAUGCCCUAAAACUCGCUCACCCAACUCUAAAGCCGCUUAGCCAAGCGCUAUACACGAUCGACGGGGGACUCGGCAGCGCCAACAAAGUCAAACUUAUCAAUCAGCAUCUCGCGGGAGUUCAUAUUGCUAUCGCAGCUGAGGCAAUGGGACUAGCCGCGACCGUAGGGCUGAAUACAAAACAAUUUUAUGAGACGGUGCUAAAAGGUCCUGCGCAUAGCUGGAUGUUUGAGAACCGAGUGCCACGCAUGCUUUGCGAUGACUGGUCGCCCCACUCUGCUCUCAGCAUCUUCGUCAAAGAUAUGCGAAUCGUCACUUCGGAAGGUCUCAAUGAGAACUUCCCGUUGUACAUCGCCUCUGCCGUUGAGUCUCUCUAUCAAUUUGCUGCUCGGACUGGUUACUACAAGGAAGAUGAUUCUGGCCUCGUGCGAAUCUUCACUUCUCAGGGUUUAUCCCUAGUCUCUACGGCGACACAUCAAAAGGGCUACACUUCUGACCAUGAACGAAAGACGAAACUGAUCUGCCAGAUGCUGGAGAUUGUUCACGGCAUUACAGCAGUUGAAGCUCUUGCCCUCGGGAGCAAACUUGGCCUUUCACUCAAUGCUCUAAACUCGAUAAUUUCGAAUGCAGCAGGCGCAAGCAAAAGCUUCAAAGUAGUCGCUGCGACAAUGAUGGGACAACAAAGUACUUCAACGCAUACUCUAAUACAGUCGAGGGACAUCCUAGUCAGUAUAAUCUGCCUUGCUCCGGUGUGGCAUUUAUUAAUUCGAAGUUUAGAAGCGAACCAUAAUUCUCGCCCAGGACUACGGCUACCCUCUCCCAAUUACAGCUACAUCGCUGCAGCUAUUGCAGCAAGGUGUGGCUCGUGGCCUAGGUGA